CUUACCUUGAUUUUCCAUCGAUCACUCACCUGCCUGUUUAUCCUCAAACGUUUACCACUCCACCACUCCAUCCUGGAAAUAGGACAAAGACACAAUCACCAAAAAAAAACCCUCCACAAUCAUCUGACGACCUCAGCUACUGUGAAUAUACUCACCUCCUCCUGGAAUGCCAUCUUAUCCUCUGCUAAAGCAUGAAGCUAUUCAUUUUGACAACCCUGUUCGGGCUUGGGCUCAUGCAGCACAACCCUCACUUUAAGCAUGGAAGGACAACAAUUGUCCACCUCUUUGAAUGGAGCUGGUCCGACAUUGCUGCAGAGUGUGAGCGCUUCCUAGCUCCAAAGGGGUUUAGUGGUGUUCAGAUUUCUCCUCCAAAUGAACACAUUGUUCUGGAUGAGCCAUGGCGGCCAUGGUGGCAAAGAUACCAACCUAUCAGCUACAACUUGUGCUCCAGAUCUGGCAGCGAGGAGGAAUUUAUAGACAUGAUCACCCGAUGCAACAGUGUUGGGGUUAAUAUUUAUGUGGAUGCUGUUAUCAACCACAUGUCUGGAAGUAGUGGUGGAGAGGGAAAUCACUCUUCAUGUGGAAGCUGGUUCAAUGCCAGCAAAAAGGACUUUCCAAGUGUUCCCUACUCUGCUUGGGACUUCAAUAUUAACAAAUGCAGAACUAGCAGUGGUGACAUUGACAACUAUGGAGAUAUUUUUCAGGUGCGGGACUGUCGUCUGGUCAGUCUUUUGGACCUCGCUUUGGAGAAAGAUUAUGUCAGAGGCAAAGUGGCUGAGUUCAUGAACAAACUAAUUGAUUUAGGUGUAGCUGGAUUCAGAGUUGAUGCCUGCAAGCAUAUGUGGCCAGGGGACCUGGAAAAUGUUUAUGGUCGUCUUCACAACCUCAGCUCAACGUGGUUUCCCAAUGGCUCAAGACCUUUUAUCUUUCAGGAGGUUAUUGAUUUGGGAGGUGAGGUCAUCUCCUCUAGCGAGUACGUUCAUCUGGGAAGAGUGACUGAGUUCAAAUAUGGUGCAAAACUGGGAAAUGUCUUUAGAAAAUGGCUUGAGGAGAAAUUGUUUUACACAAGGACCUGGGGAGAAGGGUGGGGUUUCAUGUCUGACGGCAACGCUCUUGUCUUUGUUGAUAACCACGACAACCAGAGAGGUCAUGGUGCUGGUGGUUCAUCCAUCAUAACUUUCUGGGAUUCACGACUCUACAAGAUGGCGGUCGGCUACAUGCUCGCUCACCCCUACGGAGUGGCCAGGAUCAUGUCUAGCUACCGCUGGAACCGGAACUUUGUGAAUGGAAAAGAUCAGAAUGACUGGAUGGGCCCUCCAAGCAACACAAAUGGAUCCACUAAGUCUGUUCCUGUUUACCCCGACCAGACUUGUGGAGACGGAUGGGUGUGUGAGCACAGAUGGCGUCAGAUCACGAAUAUGGUCAUUUUCCGUAAUGUGGUCAAAGGACAGCCUCACACCAACUGGUGGGAUAACCAGAGCAACCAGGUUGCUUUUGGACGUGGUGAUCGUGGUUUCAUUGUUUUUAACAACGAUGACUGGGAUCUUGAUGUGACCUUGAAAACUGGUAUGUCGGGUGGCGCAUACUGUGAUGUUAUUUCUGGUCAGAAGGAUGGCAACAAGUGCACUGGAAAGCAGAUUCUUGUUAGCAAUGAUGGGGAAGCCCACUUCAAGAUCAGCAACAUAGAUGAAGACCCCUUUGUUGCUAUCCAUGCCGAAUCCAAGCUUUGACAUGUAAUACCAGGUGUAAACAGGAUUUUAUAUUAUCUGAAUACAAAUGUUCAAUAAAAGGUGUGAACAAAAAAGAACAGGUUCUAUGUCUCUCUGAAAGCCCUUAAUCAGUGACAUUCAAGCCCAUGUAGGAGGAUAUGAAAUCUGUUGGAUAUUCUUUUCUCCAAAUUACAGUUUGUGAUUUUUUUUUUUCUUUUCUGAAAAACCUGUUUUGCAAGCUAAUGUAUUCGAAACAUCUAAAAUAUUUAUUUUCAUAUAAUUCAUGUUUACAAUUCUUAGAGUUUAACAACUUAAAUGUAUUGGGGUUAAACCCAAUUUUAUUAAUUCACUUUCCCUUCAAAACCUUUUUCCAGAAUUGGUAGCACUGAUUUCCUUUUGAAAUGCGAUGAUGAGGUUACUAAAUUAUGCUUAAAUUACUUCUGGACUGAGAACACCUCCAACCUAGUAAAGGAGGCCCAACAACGGCUCUUCUUUCUGAGAAAGCUGGAAUGGACUGGUCUCUCUACUCAGCUAUUCACAAACUUUUAUAGGGCCACAGUUGAAAGCAUUCUAUGCAUCAGUGUGACAGUGUGGUAUGGGAGCUGCACAGCACAGGAAAGAAAGGAUUUAUCACAGGUGGUGACAACACAGGGGAUUGUGGGAUGUCGUCUACCUGAUCUGGACUCGAUUUAUGCCGCACAAGUCCAGAAAGGUGCCAGACACAUUGUUAAAGACCACACCCACCCAGGCAAAGCGCUGUUUGUUCCACGUCCAUCAGGAAAACGAUUCAGGAACAUCACAUCAAAAACAAAUGGACUCAGAAACAGUUUCUUUCCCAAAGCAGUGAAGACAAUUGCCCCCCCUGCAGGCAGAGACUAAACAUCCCUGCUGACUAACAAACCACCAGCCCAUCUCAGACUGUUUCAGCACAAGCUGCACUUUAGGUAAAUACUAAAUACUACAAGCAUAUGUACAUUCCAUGUACAUAUGUUCGCUUUUUCUAAAGGGAUUUUUUAAUUUUGUGUCUAUAACCUACAUGUGUAUCUUUUGAGCUGGGUCUCUGCUGAAUUUCAUUAUGAUGACAUAAUGACAAUAAAUAAAUAAAUCUUGAAUCUUUAAA